AUGUACACUUAUCAUCAGGGCACUGAUGAUCAGUGUGCCCUGAUGAUCAGUGUAGCCCAAGCAGUGCCAGCUGUCAGUGCCUAUCAGUGCCACAUCAAUGCCACAUAUCAGUGCACAUCAGUGCCCAUCUGAGCUGCAUUUCAGUGUCAUCCAUCAUUGCCAUCAGUGCCGCCUAACAGUGCCAGUCAGUGCCGCCUAACAGUGCCAUAUAUCAGUGCCAUGUAUCAGUGCUGCCUUUCAGUGCCUAUCAGUGAUGCCUGUCAAUGCCCAUCAGUGCCACCUACCAGUGCCUCCUCAUCAGUGCCACCUAUCAGUGUCCAUCAGUGCAGCCUAUCAGUGCCCAUCACUGCAGCCUCAUUAGCGCACAUCAGUGAAGGAGAAAAAUCACUUAUUUACAAAAUUUUAUAA